AUGGCUCAGGGAUUUCUCCAUCCUUAUCAUCCUGGUCAGCGUAUGCAACAAAUGGAGGAUAUAGGUAAUGAGUAUUUCAAUAUUUUAUGUCAAAACUCCUUAUUCCAAGAUGUUACCAAGGAUGACGAUGGCAUUAUAAAAAACUGCAAAAUGCAUGAUCUUGUGCACAAUCUUGCAAAAGAAGUAUCCAAAUGUGAGAGUUCGAUGCAGGACUUGAAUAAUGUGAUAGAGGAUCACGAUAAACCUGAGAUUCGACAUGUUUCACGAGUUCCUACAUCAACACUAGAAAGAAUGUCAGAGUCAAAUAUUGCGAGGUUGCGCUCUCUAUUUGUGAGUGAUGAAGUCCCCAGUACCAUUUUUCUAAAGUUGAGAGCUUUACGUGUCUUAGAUUUAGAAGCGUCGGGUAUAGAGGAGUUGCCGAAUUCAAUUGGCAAGUUGAAGCAUUUGAGGUAUCUAGACAUUUCCUACACAAGAAUCGAGGCACUCCCAAAAUCUAUUGGCAAGCUCUAUAACCUUCAAACACUGAGAAUGCAUGCUACAGAUCUCGAAAAGUUGCCACAGGAAAUGAAAAACUUGAUCAACUUGAGACAUGUUUAUUUUGAUAAGGAAAUUGAGAUUCCAGCUGGGAUAUUGGGGCAAUUGUGCAAUCUUAGAACAUUACCUCACUUCAGUGUGGGCAAGGAGAUGGGACCUGGAAUUGGAGAGUUAGGUGGCUUGAAGCAAUUGAAAGGCCGACUAACUAUUUUGAAUCUAGAACAUGUGAAGAGUGAAGAAGAAGCGAAGAAGGCAAAAUUGGAGGAGAAGAGAGAUGUAUGCGAGCUAAAAUUUAAAUGGACAAGAGACGACAACAAUGAGGAAGGGUCAGAGAGCAGCACAAGCAGCAGCAUUAAUGAUGAACAUGAACAUGUACUAGAAGGCCUCCGGCCACAUUCUAAUUUGCAAAGGCUGCAGAUUAAAGGAUUCAGGGGUGCCAGAUCUCCGUCAUGGGUGAUGUGUCUCAACAACUUGAAGAAGAUUAUAUUAUCCCACUGCCCCAAUUGUGAAGGAGUUCCAGCACUGGGUCAACUUCCUAAUCUUAGACAUGUCGAGAUUUGCAGGAUGGAUAACCUAAAACAUGUGGGAGCUGAUGGUCUAGACUCGUUCCCUCUUGUUGAGCAUAUGAGUAUAAUUAGAUGUCCCAGCCUAGAGUCGAUUCGGAUCGCACAGGGCAGUGCUCCUCUCCGUGAAUUGAUCAUAGAGGAUUGUAAUGGAUUAUCAAGCCUACUGAUUGGGCCCUAUUGCUGCACCUCUAUUCAAAAAUUGGUUAUUUGGGGCUGUCCUAAUCUAACAUCACUUCCAACCACACAGGGGGGCAUUGCAUCUCUAGAGUUGGUGAUUUUUAAAUGUGAUCGAUUAUCAAGCCUACCAAGUGGUCUCCUCCUACGCUGCACCUCUCUGACGCUUCGUUAUUGUCCUAAUCUAACAUCAAUAUUUCCCAUCACACAGGAUAUGCCAUCAUCUCUCCGUGAAUUGACGAUUACAAAUUGUAAGGGAUUAUCAAGUCUACCACUAAGCGGGCUCCUCUCUCUUGAGAAAUUGUGGAUAUCAAGUCUAGCACCAUCCAUUUCAGUCCCAUCAGGCGUCCUCCGCAGUUUGAUUGUUAGUGAUUGUGAGGAAUUGACAUCCAUUUCAAUGACGUCGUCAAGUCUUCUACUUGAGGAGUUGCGUAUAGGGCGUUGCAAUAAUCUACAAUCUAUUGUUCCAGCAGAUUUACAGGGCUUCCCAUGUCUCCGUGAGUUGAUAAUAGGGCAUUGUGGGAAAUUAAAAUAUCUGCCGACAGGGUUUCACUGCCUCACCCGAUUGAAGAAACUGCUUAUUGGCCCGUUCUGGGAGGAGCUCCAUUCCUUCCCUGAGUUUCAGCUUCCACCACAUUCACAACUUGAAGAGUUAACCUUGAGAGGGUGGCCUAAGCUCAAGUCUCUGCCCCAGCAAAUUCAGCACUUGACUUGUCUAAAAACUUUGUACAUAGAGAAGUUCAGCGGAGUGGAGGCUCUUCCUGAGUGGUUGGGAAAUCUCACAUCUCUUGAGAUUCUGUAUAUUUGGAAUUGUGAGAAUCUCAAGUAUCUACCUACACUCCAAGCUAGGCAACGCCUCACCAAAUUGAAGGAGCUCGAUGUUACGGGAUGUCCCCUCCUCAACACAGGCCCUGAAUGGCCCAAGAUUGCUCAUAUCCCAACUAUCUUAAUCUAG